AUUAGUACUAAUGAUUAGUAAAUGGUUUAAAUAUACACAAUCCAAUGACUCAUUAAUACAUAAUUUAAAAGUUAUUUACAAAUGUAAGAAUACCUAGCUUACUAACAUUUAACAAAUGUGGGAGUAAUGAUUAUUAAAUGGUGAUAAAACUGUAAAUGCCUGUAAAUGCUUGAUUACUGAAUYUUAUUUUAAAGUGUCAAGCACUUCAAGGUCAUAAAUAUUAAUGCCCCAAAAGUGUGAUUCACACAAUUUGUUAUUGUUACAAUACAGUAGCUAUACUUGUAUUAUAGAUGGUCCUUGUGCCAGGGUCUGGGGGCUACCAUUGAAGCUGUUGAGCAGGGCUAACUUGAUUAAAUGGCUAAUAGUGAAUUAUUCCAAUAGAGUUGUCAUUUUUUCCCGAAAGGUUAUUUUAUAAGUGAUUUUGAGAUGAUUGAUUCAACUAAAUGAAAUGGAAAUUACAUUACUUCGUCUUUUUUGUUUAAAUCAGAGAAAACAACACACCAGAAAAGGUAAACAAUAUUAAGGGGUGAUUGGGUCAGAAUACAGUGUGGUUGUUCUGAUGUCUGACAAAUAGUGUUUGUCACCAUGAUGUAACUGAGACAAAGUCUCCCUCAACUUGAAGAAGUACUAUUCAUAAUUUAGUUCAGAUGGACAUUUUUAUAAGUCUAUGGAAUGUUCAUAUGUAAUGCCACUAUUCAUUUUGACUGCAUYUGCUAUAGUGCAUACCCCAUACUGCCCUACAAAGGCAAAACACAGUAACUACGUAAUUUAUUUUACAGCAAAAUKUGACUUUUUCUGUCUAGACAGACACCAAUUUCUGACACUGCAUGAUAUUUUCUGAUCAACUGGCUUGUUCUUGUCUCAGGAAACUAAAUACCACAUUAAUCAGAUAAUAUACCUGAAUUCGUAGUUACUGUGUUUUGUCUUUGAAGAGCAGCAUAGACUUAAGCUAUCUCAUCAACUUCCCUACUGUCAACUUCCCAACUGUCAACUUUCUUAAACACUGGCCAGCUGACAUGUGGCAUGCCGUCAUGUCUCCUGAGGUUGUGGAUUAUGGUCCAAACUGAGCACUGACAUCACCCAAACCAGUUAGUCUGCACAGUUAUUCUAUUUCCCAUAUAAAAUAGCCUUUGAGUGACCAAAACAUCACCCAUACAAUUUUUUCCAUUGUAAAAUGCUAAGUUGAGAAAAUGUAUCUUUUCCCUCAUUUCUAACUAUCAAUAAGGUUGAAAGGACAGGCUAGGUGGGCACAGAAACAUCCAAUCCUCUCAUACAUUACAUCAUAAAUUAUUUGUUUAUCUAAACAUUAGAUAAUUUGUGUGAUCACGUGUGUGUGUGUGCAUGCAGAGAGACUCCGGAGAGGGGAGUGUCUGUCAGUAACUCAGGGAUAAAUAGAGAGGCAGAGRUCAGAGUUUGUCAGAAGGRGGACCUGACAGGGUCACACACAGGACCAAGCAAGAGCAGGACCUCAUCAUUUUGACCUUUUAUUACAAAUGGAGGAACAUGAAGAUGUUCAAUACUGUUUUCAAGACAGAAACUCUUCCUGCAGAAAGGCUUUCCUAUCGACAUCUAUCUACAUAACACUGUACAUCUUCUUCUCAGUGAUUUCAGCUGUUACAGUGUUUUUGAACGUACUGGUGAUCAUCUCCAUCUCUCACUUCAAGCAGCUCCACACUCCAACCAACCUGCUCAUCCUCUCUCUGGCUGGGGCAGAUCUCCUGGUGGGACUGAUUGUGAUACCAGUAACGACUGUAGCAAUAAUGGAAUCAUGCUGGGGUUUUGGGGAAUAUUUCUGUGUGUUUCAUUUAUAUAUGGCAUUAUUUUGUACUUCUUUAUCUCUGGGCAAUUUGGUCUUGAUAUCUAUUGACCGCUAUGUUGCUGUGUGUGAUCCCUUAUUGUACCACUCUAAAAUAACAAUAACAAGAAUSAUGUGURMUAUAUCCAUUACCUGGUGUUGUUGUAUCAUAUACCGUGCUGCUAUUAUAAAAAGCUUUGUAAAUGUACAGGUACCCAGUCGGUGUUUGAAUGAAUGUUUUAUUGUUGAAGGAAUAUCCUGGAGUAAUAUCGUUGAAAUUGUAAUUACAAUGGUUGUCCCAUGCUCUAUUAUUAUAACACUUUAUUUGAAAAUCUUUGUGGUGGCCAGCUCACAGGCCAGAAAGGUAUUUUCAAAAGAGGCUGUCAGUGUGUCUGGUGUUAAAACUGCACAGACAAAUAAGUCUGAGAGAAAAGCAGCAAAAACUCUGUCUAUUGUUGUUAUCAACUAUUUCAUUUGUUGGAUUCCAUCUCUAUUGGUUUUCUUUUUUUUGUCUUUUGUAAGUGAAAAUGUAUCACUUUUCAUCCGUUUUCUGCCACUUGUUAAUUCCUUAAUUAAUCCAAUAAUUUAUGCUUUCUUUUAUCCAUGGUUCAAAGUGACAGCUAUACAUAUUUUAACUCUGAAGGUAUGGCAUUGAUAGUACUAUGUUUUUAUUCCUAAAUUUGACAAACAUAGGUUUGAUAUAGUUAUGUUAUGCAAUUGUUGUAAUUUCAUCUUUAAUGUAACAAUACGCUGACAUUACUUAUCUCAGUGUUGUCAUCAUAGAUACAUGUGGUGUUGAUACAGAAUGAUUUGUCUGGAUUGGAAUAGAAUGACUAGCAGAAGGCAUAAGCUUGUUUUAUAAAAUACAUUGUAGUCAUUUUGGGUUGUAUAUUCCAAAUACCAAAGCCUGUUAAAGUAUACUAAAAGUACA